GUUUCGCGAGAAUGGAUUUUAAUCUGACUUUAUUGGCUCUUUUUGUAGAGAGAGAGAACUGAAAAUGCCGACAGUGACACUGUUGGUCAGGUGAUCUACAUGUAAGUCACGUGACGACGAAUGCAUUCAUGGAAUGAAUGGAAAUGGCGUCUGCUGCCCAAGUCCAAGAUCAUGAAGAUUAUGACAAAUCACUGGUUGACGAGCUUAGAGAUGUUGUAGUGAAAUGCAGAUGGCAAUUUCUAGGACAUAGACGGGAAUUCCAGGGAAAGAGAUGUACCAGGAUAUUCUCCAAAGAUGGUGAAGAUGUUGUUUUGGUGUAUCUUCCUCCCGAUCGGUUCUAUGCCAUGGAUGUUAGCUGUCCCCAUGCAGGAGGACCACUCGAUAUGGGAGAUAUUGAGGAGAUUGGAGGCCACACUUGCCUAGUUUGCCCUUGGCAUGAUUAUGACUUCAGACUGGACAAUGGUGAAUCCACCUCUGGGCUUAAGCAACCAGUACAUAGUGUGAAGGUAGUUGAUGACCUUGUGUACAUCAAUUGCAGAGCAGAACUGAUUCCUUUGGAUGAAAGUGAUAGUUCGACGAAAGAUUGUGAACAGCCUACCAGCCAAGAGUCUAGUGAAGCCAGCCUGGUCGAAAAGACAGAGUUUAAUGGGGCUAGUCUGUGUGAGUUUGCUGUGAGAAUCCUCAAUGAACCUAAUGCCAAACAGAAGGUUCAUCUUACGAGAGAGACGCAUCAAAGAUGGAAAGGAGGAGACAUAGCAGAGGUGGGCUCCUGUGAACCACCUCCGAUGCCGCUAAGGGAUAAAUCACUUAACAUCCUUCAGCCGGGGAAAAUCAAGAGAGGAAAAGGGGGCACUUUGGCAAGUAGGAUAGCAGUUCUCCAUUCGUUAGCUAACAUUGAGCAGUGGGCUAUCGAUCUCUCGUGGGACAUCAUUGCUCGCUUCUCUGAUGCAGAACUUGGCGAUGGAUCAAGGUUGCCAAGGGAGUUUUUCACCGACUUUGCCAAAGUUGCUGAUGAUGAAGCUAAGCACUUUACUCUCUUAGAAAGUCGAAUUGAGAGCUUAGGAAGCAAAUUUGGUGCACUGCCGGUACAUAAUGGUUUAUGGCAGUCUGCCGAGGAGACUAAUGACAGUUUGCUUGGUCGGCUAGCUGUUGUGCAUAUGGUACAUGAGGCUCGUGGUCUGGAUGUCCAUCCCAAAACCCAGGAGAGAUUUAGACGGCAGUCUGACGCUGAGUCUGUUGAGAUCUUAGAUACUAUCUAUAAUGAUGAGAUCACGCAUGUGGCUGCUGGUCUUAAAUGGUUUACAUACGUAUGCAGACACAGCUAUCCUCCAAUUGACUGUAUACCAAAGUUCCAUGAACUGGUUCGGACUCAUUUCAGGGGUCAUCUAAAACCUCCAUUUAACGAAGAGGGCAGAGAAACUGCAGGAAUGUCAAAAGAGUGGUACUUGCCGUUGGUGAAGACGUGACCUAUCUUCAUAUCAUUCCAAUGGACUACACCAUAUUUGGGACAUUGUAGACAUCUCACCUUAGCAUUACGUAGAGGUGUCCAUCAGCCCUGGUUAGAGAUCUCCCAGUUGGGAUUUGGAAAGAUGUGGCACUUCUUGUCUCAACCGCUUAACCUCCUGAUGAUGGACAGUCCAGCAACCCAGAACAUGAAGCAUCCUCAUUUCAUCUUCUCUUCCGCUGUUUCAAGCCAUCGCAUCUUAUCUGGUUUACAGGCCUUUUACAGACUUCUCCCGAACUUAGAGAUGAAAGAAUGUUCUCUUCUCUCUCAUCUUCCAAUUCCCUGCCUGUCAGAGAUCACCUAAUCUCUUAUAUCAUUCCUUGUCAAUUUCUCAUCAUUACACUGUCCUGUUCAGGGGAGUCCACAUAGUGAACAGAAAACUUCUUCUACGUUAUCUGUACCACUAUGCAAACCUUCAAAGAACAUCCACUUAAGAAUAACUGUUUGUCAUUGCAAAGCUGAGCAUGUGUAUUGGUGAUAGUGUGAUGGUGAUGGCCCUAGCAAUAACACUUUCAUAUAAAGAUGUUGCAUAAACCUUCCUGACAUACAUGUAGCCUCUUGUGACAUUAAAAUUCUAAGAAAGAAAGACAUGACCAGACAUAGAGAAGUAUGGCAGUGAUCAGGUUUGGAAAUUGUUUAUUGUAUUGUCCAUGUAUGGCACAUUAGCUGUUAUUUGGACUACUGUCAAAUAGUGAUUAUGUGAUGAAAAGAAUACCAGUAAUCAUCAAAUGCCUAUGUCAAUGAAUUUGAAAACUAACUUGAUGACUUUUACCGUUCAUACACGUUACAACAACUGCGAAAAGGCUCAUUGGG